AUGAACGCCAUCCAAGGAACCCACCAGGACGACAAGGGUAACGUCCCUACCCAACACGAUCACUACGGUGCUUUUCAGACCGAGAUCUACCGCAGAGGAAUGUACGACAAUGUCGUCCCUACUGUGACUACCAACCCAAACAAGCUUGAGGCACAAGCAAAGGAGGCUAUGAACAAGAGAAGCUACAACUAUGUUGGUGGAGGCGCCGGCGAAGGAGCUACCAUGGACGCAAACCGUUUAGCCUUUAGGACUUGGAAAGUGGUUCCGAGAAUGCUGCGCGAUACUACGCACCGAAACUUGAAGACAACUAUCCUCGGAAAGGAAUAUCCCACGCCUUGUCUCGUCGCUCCUGUUGGUGUCCAGUCGAUCUUCCACGAGGACAAGGAGACUGGAGUUGCCGAAGUUGCCGCUGAAAUCGGAGUUCCUUACAUCUUGUCAACUGCCUCGUCAUCCACAAUUGAGGAGGUCGCCGAAGCGAACGGUGACGGACACAGAUGGUUCCAGCUUUACUGGCCUCACGACAAAGAAAUCACCGAAAGCAUGCUCUCAAGAGCGAAGAAGUCUGGCUAUGAAGUCUUGGUCGUGACUCUUGAUACUUGGUCCUUGAGUUGGCGCCCACUUGACCUUGACGGUGCUUACGUGCCAUUUAUGAAGGGCAUUGGUGAUGCUAUUGGCUUUUCUGACCCCGUCUUCCGUCGACAGUUCAAGGACAAGCAUGGCCAGGAGGUUGAAGAUAACAUCCACGAUGCUGCUCUCGAAUGGCAGGCGAAGGUUUUCCCUGGCGCUGCCCACACUUGGGAAGAAGUGCAGCACUUGAAGGACAACUGGGAUGGUCCUAUUGUUCUCAAGGGUAUUCAGCAUGUUGAGGAUGCUAGAAAGGCCGCUGAGGUUGGUGUUCAGGGCAUCGUUGUUUCCAACCACGGUGGUCGCCAGUGCGAUGGAGCAGUUGGCAGUCUCGAGAUGCUUCCCGAGAUUGUCGAAGCGGUCGGUGACAAGAUCGAAGUCUUGUUUGACAGUGGUAUCAGAACUGGUGUGGACAUUAUCAAGGCGCUAUCCCUCGGCGCUAAAGGUGUUCUUAUUGGUCGUCCUUGGGUCUACGGUCUUGGUAUUGCCGGCAAGGCAGGAGCUAAAGAUGCUUUCAAGGGCCUCUUGGCAGACCUUGAUCAGAGUAUGGGACUUGCUGGUAUCUCAUCUAUCAAAGAGUGCGAUAAGAGCAUGCUUCGUCGCACGUUCUACCCUGGAGACAGACACUCAAAUAACUAA